AUGAAUGACGAUCAGUUUUCGCGUUUCAUGCAACAGCAGAAUAAUGUGUUGCGCGAAAUCGUGAACUCGUUGCAGAAUGUGCAAGUGCAGCAACCACAACAAGUACAAGGGCAGCCUCAGUUGCAAAUGGCUGCCAGUUCGACAGCAUCGUCUGUCCCGCUCCCUCCACCGCUCGAACUAAAACAACGGCGUACCCCAGAAGCAGCUCUGGAGGCGAUAAAAGUGAAAGUAGUGCGCGAAAGAAACAAAAUCGUAGACUGGUUCGAUUUUUUCUCGCUCGUGCAACAACCUGUGGAAAUGAUUGAUGACUAUGCGGCGCGAUUGAAAAGCUUGGCCAAGUUGUGCAAAUUCGGUGUGCUGGAGGAUGACUUGAUUACCUAUAAGAUUGUUACCUCUAACAAGUGGCCCAAACUGCGUGCUAAAAUGUUGACGAUGCAAAACCUAACGGAAGUGAAAGUUAUUGACUUGUGCCGAGCGGAAGAAAUCGCUGAAAAACAUGCUGCUGCGAUGGGUGCCAGUAGUGUUGACGUGAAUUUCGUACGGAAGCAGAAGAAUAUGAAGUGCAAGUACUGUGGAGAUCGGCACGAAUUCGCGAAAGGAGUAUGCCCAGCACAAACGAAUGUACCACAUGGCAGCACCACUACUACUGGAUUGUACCACAUGGCAACUCUACUACUGGAUUAUACUAGCAUUUUGACCAAAUUUUGCAAAUCGGAUCGCAAGCAAAAAGGCAGAAGCGAAGGUAGAAGCCGAAGAAGAGUGAAGAAAGUGCAAGAAGACUAUAGCGACAUUGAAGAAAGCGGCAGUGCGACCAGUGAUAAUGAAGAAUUGGAAAGCAGUAGUGAUGAGGCUGUUAUCGGCAAGGUGUAUGAUUUUUCGGAGUCGGGAGGAAACGUGAUGGCUGAUUUGGAGCUAUUUGUUGGUGGAAAAUGGCAGAUGGUGCAAUGUGAGCUGGACACGGGCGCUAACACUAGUCUGGUUGGUUACGACUGGAUUAAGCAAGCAACCGGUUGUGAUCGUUUGGAGCUGCUUCCUUCGAAAUAUCGUUUGCAGAGUUUCGGAGGCGGCACCAUACCUGUCCUUGGUGAGAUAAGGUUGCCAUGUAAGAGAACAGACCGUAAGUACACACUCGUAUUACAAGUCGUGGAGGUUAGCCAUAAACCGCUUCUAUCUGCAAAAGUUUGCAAAACUCUUGGCUUCAUCAAGUUUUGCAACUCGGUUUCGAUUGCUUCAUCACCAUCGGAAGAACAGCUGCUAAAUAUUUACCGUAUCAAGGCUCAGCAAAUUAUCAAUCAACAUAGCGGUAUAUUUGAGGGCUACGGUAGAUUUCCUGGUGUGGUCUCGCUGGAACUGGAUCCUAAAGUAUCUCCAUCAAUUCAGCAGCCACGUCGUGUACCAAUUGCGAUGCGAGACAAGCUGAAGAAGGAGUUGAAGAAGUUGGAGAAGGACGGACUAAUUGUGAAAGAGCAGCAGCAUACGGAAUGGGUUAGCAAUAUAGUUCUCGUGAAGCGAGGUGGUAAGGAUUCAGACUCAAUCAGGAUCUGUUUGGAUCCAAUACCCCUAAACAAGGCGCUGAAACGGCCAAAUCUGCAGUUUACAACGAUCGAUGAGAUAUUACCAGAGCUGGGAAAAGCCACAGUGUUCUCUACAGUUGAUGCCAAAAAGGGCUUUUGGCAUGUGGUUCUGGAUCAACCAAGCAGUCGACUAACAACGUUUUGGACUCCCUUCGGAAGAUAUCGCUGGAUUCGUUUGCCCUUCGGCAUUGCUCCUGCACCGGAAAUCUUCCAGAUGAAGCUUCAAGAGGUGAUUCAGGACCUGGAAGGAGUUGAAUGCAUUGCGGAUGAUGUGUUGAUCUACGGAGUUGGAGAUACCCUGCAAGAUGCUCUUUUGAACCACAAUAGAUGUCUUGCAAAACUGCUAACUCGCCUUGAAGAAAAUAAUGUGAAGUUGAAUAAAACUAAGCUGAAGUUGUGCUUGACUUCGGUAAAGUUUUAUGGGCAUGUACUGACGACCCGAGGAUUGCAGCCCGACGAAAGCAAGAUCGAAACCAUCAAGAACUAUCCUAAGCCGGAAGAUCGGAAACAACUACAACGGGGUUUGCAUGGUUCAAAGGGUUGGACUUGA